AUGCGUCACGUCAAACAUUGGUCUCGAUACAACCGCGGUCGACCGCGUCAACCGCACGACGCGUCACGUGUCACACGCAAACGGCCGUCGGCGACACGCCUGUCGCAAGUCGCGUUUGACCCCGGUGUUAAUGACUAUAUUGCGGCCAAUUUCGAAGCGGAAUCGAAUCAACGUCGACCGGCGCGCAGCGGAAUCCCAACGGAUACGGCGUCCGUCGAAGCGUCGCAA